AUGGCAGGCAUUUUCGAGGCUCCGCGGAACGCGGACACUCUCUUCUUGGGCGGACAGAAAAUCACCGGUGCCGAUGUCCGGGAGCAGAAUGUUCUCGCGACCCAGGCUAUCUCAAAUGUCAUCAAGAGCUCUUUCGGUCCCUCGGGCUUGGACAAGAUGAUGGUGGACGACAUAGGGGAUGUGACCGUGACAAACGAUGGUGCUACAAUUCUGUCUCUACUGGAUAUUGAGCACCCUGCGGGCAAGAUCCUGGUGGACCUGGCCCAGCAACAGGAUAAGGAGGUCGGUGAUGGCACAACCUCGGUUGUCCUAAUUGCCUCAGAGCUCCUGCGCCGAGCGAACGAAUUGAUGAAGAACCGGAUACACCCCACCACCAUCAUCAACGGAUACCGUCUCGCGCUUCGGGAAGCCGUGAAGUAUAUGAACGAGAACGUGACAACGAAAGUGGACAACCUGGGCAGGGACAGCCUGGUCAACAUUGCGAAGACCUCUAUGUCUAGCAAGAUCAUUGGAGGUGACGCGGAGGGAGAGACAAAGUACCCCGUCAAGGCUGUGAACCUGCUCAAGGCUCACGGAAAGAGCGGUACCGAGUCCGUCCUUGUUCAUGGUUACGCCCUGAACUGCACUGUUGCCUCCCAGGCCAUGACGACCCGCGUCACCGAUGCCAAGAUCGCCUGUCUGGAUAUGAACUUGCAGAAGGAGCGCAUGAAGUUGGGCGUGCAGAUCACAGUCGAGGACCCCGAUCAACUGGAGAAGAUCCGUGAGCGCGAAGCCGGCAUUGUUCUGGAGCGUGUUGAGAUGAUCUUGAAGUCCGGUGCCAACGUUAUCCUGACGACCAAGGGUAUCGACGAUAUGGUCCUCAAGACUUUUGUUGAGAAGGGAGCCAUGGCCGUCCGCCGUUGCAAGAAGGAGGAUCUUCGCCGCAUUGCCAAGGCCUCGGGUGCCACUCUCAUCAGCACCCUGUCCGACCUGAACGGAGAUGAGAAGUUCGAGUCUUCAUACCUCGGCCACGCCGAGGAGGUUGUCCAGGAGCGUAUUUCGGACGACGAGUGCAUUUUGGUCAAGGGCACUAAGGUUCACACAUCCGCCUCUAUCAUCCUCCGUGGUGCCAACGAGUACAGCUUGGACGAGAUGGAACGCUCCGUCCACGAUACCCUGUGUGCCAUCAAGCGCACUCUGGAGAGUGGCAGCAUCGUCCCCGGUGGUGGUGCCGUUGAGACUGCCCUUCACAUCUACCUCGAGGAGUUCGCCGUCACAGUGGGCUCUCGGGAGCAACUCGCCAUCGGUGAAUUCGCCCAGUCGCUGCUCGUCAUUCCCAAGACCCUUGCCGUCAAUGCGGCCAAGGACUCAUCUGAGCUUGUCGCUCAACUCCGUGUUCGCCACGCCCUGUCACAGCGUGUGCAGGAUGGUGAUGCCAACGAGGAGGAGAAGGCUAUCGCCAAGAAGAAGACCUACCGCAACUACGGUCUGGAUCUUUCCAAGGGACGUGUUCACGACACCCUCAAGGCCGGUGUUCUAGAGCCCAGCAUGAGCAAGAUCAAACAGCUCAAGAGUGCUGUCGAGGCCUGCAUUGCUAUCAUGCGUAUUGAUACUAUCAUCAAGCUGGACCCCGAGCAGCAGCAGGAUGACGGCCACGGUCACUAA